CCUGUCUCUCCUCCAGGCUCAGCCACCCUGUGCCAACUGCCCCUCCAGCAGCAGCCCUUCCCCGCAGCCUGGGCCCCCUCAGUGUGGGUGGCACCCCAGGGCCCCCAGGCACUACCACCAGCAGGUCUGCAGAGGGCUCCGUGCGGCUGCUUCUUCGACCCCCGCGUCUUCCACAUCCAGUGGACGGUCGCCAGCAUGCCUGCCCCGGACAGCUCCGCGCUCAGCCAUGAGGGGAGAGCGGUGGCCCCAGCCCCCGCGGUGUUGCCGACGCCCAUCCCCGGCAACCAGCACAUCGAGGGGCAGCCUGCCAGCCAGGAGGAUGCCGGCAGCAGCCCCACGCCUGGGGACACCGGCACAGAGGGGAGCGCGGUGGCCCCUGCCUCCCCGGUGUUGCCGGCGUCCAUCCCCGGCUACCGGCAUGAGGGACAACCUGCCCGGCUCACCAUCUCCGGCGACCUCACCGUGUCUGAGGAGGUGCCUCUCGAAGAGGCCCUGAGGCUCUUCGGCUGCUCCCCGGACACGGUGGGGGUCAGCCAGGACAGCCCCAGCAGCGGCCCCGUGCCUGGGGAGCUUGGUGGCACCGGCGCAGCCAUGCCCCCCUGCGACUUUGCCUGGCUCUCGCUGCCCGAGGAGCUGCUCACCCCCGACUACAGCGUCCCCGAGAUCACCGGCGCCAUCCUGAGCCUCGAGGAAUUCUACGGCAUCGGGAUGGAGCCCCGGGAGCCGUGGGGGGCUGCGGGGAUGGCCCUGCCACCGUCCCAGGCUGCCGCCUGCGAGAAGCGGGGCAAGAAGCGGGGGCAGAGCGCCUUGCCGAAGCCGGCCAGCAAGCGCAGGGCU